CCACUUUCGGUUUUCCAUUUCCCCCAUGCGCUCUCAUUCAACAAGAACCAAAUUCCGAUGAUGCCCUGGUUUCGUUUCCCCGCUCCGAACCUUUUCCACCCUUUAACUGUAGAAACUGUCCCACCGAAGUGAGGCCAUUCCAGUCAUUCGAAGAUCGAAACCCACUGCUAUCUAUACGUGUACGCCUUUGACCGGGAUGCCCGUAGAAAGGUCUUCCGGGCGAAAAAUUCUCUUCAGCCUCUCGCUAUAUCUCGCUCUCUCUCGCUCUUUAGAUCUUCGCACAAUUUGGUGAGCUUCCGGAUUGAAAAUGGCGGAGAACAAUCCGACGAUGCACGCGGUCUGCUACGAGUCUUAUGGCGGAGGAGCCGCCGGGUUGAAGCAUGUGGAUGUACCGGUUCCUGCACCUAAGAAGGAUGAGGUUUUGCUGAAACUAGAAGCAAUCAGUGUAAAUCCUUAUGAUUGGAGAAUGCAGAAAGGAAUGAUGAGACCAUUUCUUCCGCGCAAGUUCCCUCAGAUACCUGCCUCGGAUGUAGCAGGAGAGGUUGUUAAGGUUGGGCCAGCAGUCAAGAAAUUUAAACCUGGUGACAAAGUCGUAGCCACGCUCAGCAUCUUUACAGGAGGUGGAUUAGCUGAGUUCAAUGUUGCAAAGGAGAACCUAACAGUGGCAAGGCCCCCUGAAGUAUCAGCCCCAGAAGGGGCAGGUUUACCCAUGGCCGGUAUCACUGCUCUCCAAGCCCUCACCCAAGUUGCUGGGGUAAAGCUGGAUGGGAGCGGGCCACUCAAGAACAUCCUGAUCACCGCUGCCUCAGGUGGCGUUGGCCACUACGCGGUUCAACUUGCGAAGCUGGGAAACACACACGUGACCGCAACUUGUGGGACCCGCAACAUUGACUUAGUCAAGAGCCUCGGUGCUGACGAGGUCCUCGACUACAAGACCCCGGAGGGAGCUGCCUUGAAGAGCCCAUCCGGCAAGAAGUACGACUUCGUGGUCCACUGUGCACAAGCUUUCCCCUGGUCGGUCUUCGAGCCGAACUUGAGCGACCGUGGCAGAGUGAUAGAUCUCAGUCCAGGCGUUGGUGGCAUAAUGACUUUUGUUGUCAAGAAGCUCACCUUCUCCAAGAAGCAGCUUGUGCCAAUGAUUGCAAUACUCAAAGGUGAGGAUCUGGAAUUUCUGGUUAAGUUGGCUAAGGAAGGGAAGCUCAAGACCUUCAUCGACUCGACGCAUCCGUUGAGCAAAGCUGAAGACGGUUGGGCAAAGUCUCUCAGUGGUCGUGCCACUGGUAAGAUUAUUGUAGAGCCACAAGACUAAGUACUGGUGUUAUUUUGCUGUAUUUUUUCUGUACGUAUUUUAUGUAAUAAUGUGUUUCUCGUUCAUGCCUAUGACCGGUGGGUUGGGACCUUUGAAAUGAGAAACAGGCUCAAACUAGCCGAUGGCAAACUUAUGUGUUAAUCUAGUUUGUUGAUUAUUG